GCCCGCUGCCGAUAUAACGCUGCCCCCCUCCCCUCUCUGCCGCUCAUCAGGUGCUGGCAGCGGCUGCGGGAGCCGGCGGAGGAAGCGGGCAGAGCAGGAAGGGACCGGCGCAGGAAGGGAGGCGCCGCCACCGCGCAUCCAUUCCCCUUUAUCCCGGGCCAGGGCCGGCAGAGCCCCGGAGAAUGUGAGCGGGAAGAGCGACCCACGCGGAUCCGGGGCGCCGCAACUUCUCCUGCCCUUACCUCGCUUGUGCCCCGCUCCGGUCCUCCGCUCGCAUUGCCCAGGCGGGGCGUCGGUCCGCCGAGGGCUUGGCGAGCCUGGGCUGCCCCCAUCUCUCUCCUGCCAGAGGCGCUGCCAGGCGGGGAGGCGAUGUUCCCUCUGGACUCCCCCUGGAGUAUCUCCUUCGCGGGCUGCGGGUUCCUGGGGGUGUACCACAUCGGGGUGGCCAGCUGCCUCCAGGAGCAUGCCCCCUUCCUGGUAGCCAACGCUAAGACGAUCUACGGAGCCUCCGCCGGAGCCCUGACGGCCACGGCCCUGGUCACGGGAGCCUGCUUGGGUGAGGCGGGCGCUAAUAUCAUUCAGGUCUCAAAAGAAGCCCGGAAGAGGUUCCUGGGCCCUCUGCACCCAUCCUUCAACUUGGUGAAAAUCAUCCGCAGCUGCCUGUACAAGACCCUGCCGGACAAUGGGCACGAAAUGGCUAAAGGACGCCUGGGCAUCUCGCUGACACGGGUCUCUGAUGGCGAGAACGUGAUCCUGUCGGAGUUCCAUUCCAAAGAGGAACUGAUUCAGGCCUGUGUUUGCAGCACCUUCAUCCCUGUGUACUGUGGGCUGAUCCCACCAAGCCUGCAGGGAGUGAGGUAUGUUGAUGGAGGGAUUUCGGACAACUUGCCACAGUACGAGCUGAAGAACACCAUCACGGUGUCUCCGUUCUCAGGCGAGAGUGACAUCUGCCCCCGGGACAGCUCCACAAACAUUCACGAGCUGAGAGUCACCAACACCAGCAUCCAGUUCAACCUUCGCAACCUCUACCGCCUCUCGAAAGCCUUGUUCCCACCAGAGCCUCAGGUGCUCCGGGACAUGUGCAAGCAGGGCUACCGGGAUGCACUGCACUUCCUGAAGAAGAAUGGUCUCCUUCACCGCCCAUGGCCCUCGCACCCUCCCCUGGCUGUUGAGAACUCGUCAGGGGAGAGGGACCCGGAGGAGGAGGAGGUACGAGCUGAGGACCAGCUGAGGGAGAACACCGCCCUGGCUGCUGUCGAAGACCACAUCUUUGAACACCUGCCACCCAGACUGAACCAAGCCCUUUUGGAAGCUUGCACUGAGAAAAGGGGCCUGCUGGUUGGCAUCACCAACUUGUUGCCUGUACGCUUGGCCUCUGCCAUGAUGAUCCCCUACACGCUGCCUGUGGAAUCAGCCGUCUCCUUCACGGUCAGGUUGCUGGAAUGGCUGCCGGAUGUCCCUGAGGACAUUAGGUGGAUGAAGGAACAGACGAGUAAUCUAUGCACCUAUCUCAUGAGGGAAGCCAAGAAGAAACUGGGAAGCCAUCUCUCAGCCAGGCUUUACUACCAUUUUGAGCUCCGAAGGACCCAGAGCCUGCCAAUCCCCUUGGCCUCUACCUACAGUGAGGUGCUGCCCCAAUGGGUGCGAAGCAACCUCUCCCUGACAGACGUUAAGACAAAGUGGGAGGAAUAUCAGCGCCAGCUCAUGCUAGGAUUGUUCUGCAUCAACGUGGACAUGCAGGCCUCCAUCUUCCCGUCGGAUGGGCUACAGAUGAGACUCUCGCCGACAGACCAUGUGCAAGAGAGCCUGCCACACUUCUGAGCCCCCAGCCGCAGCCAGGACGGGACAGGCUGGUGGGGUCAGACCUGCAUCUCAGCAACCUGCCACCUUUGGUUCUUGCAAGCCUGUGAUGGGAGCUUCCCCAUGAACAAAGCAGUGGCAUCCAUUGUAGCUAAUUGCUACUUGCCUGACUAGGGGAAGGGGGCACUGUGUUAAAGUGAACAUGUUUGCUGAUGAUGACCACCUAGAGAAGUGUAUCAGCACCCAGCAUGGGGGAGGUGGCAAUCCCCGACUGUGCUGUAAUGGUUCCAAUGGGCUCCUCCAGGAGACAUACCUGGAGGGAUGUAGCCUAGAUCAGGAUGUAGCUCAUGCUCUGGAGCUUGUUUUAAUUGUCUCUGGUUUUAGAUCUACAAAUUCAUGGCUUUGCUUCUUUGAUUUUUUUGUUUUAAACAAUCCAGCACCCUGUGGCUCUUCACUGUUUGUGCUACCAGGAGGUAAAGCAGCCCGCAGUGCCAAAGCAGCUAUUGUAUGGGCCCAAACCUGCCUCUCAACUCUCCUUCGUUGGAGCCAAGUUUUGACCUCUGUCCUCACUCAAAGCCAGCUCUGACCCUGCUGCUGUUAAUGUAGAUUUCAUUGGCAUUGGGACAGCAGAGUUACAGGAGAGAACUGGAUACCCACAGAUGGUGCUCUAAGCUUCCUUCAUCUCUUCUUGGUCUCUCUUGCCUCUCUCCUUUAGGGAUCUUUGUCUCCAUCGGGCUCUGGAGGCCUGAGAUCUGAAGUGAUAAAACUGGCUGGGAAUUUUUUUUGGUGGGGGGGGAACAUGAGAUGUUCAGCUGAGACUUUUCAGGAUUUAGGUGCCUGAUUCCCAUUCAUUUUAAUUGAACUAGCCUUAGGUGGCAUUGCGAAAUCUCAGCCUUCCUUCCCUGGAUUGGCCCGAUGGCUGCCGUUGGGGAAGGAAUGUGAAGGGCUUGUAGGAAGGCCGAACGUGAAGACUGUACAGUGCAUGUUGUGUCCCAGUGGCUUGUGGUGGAAUGUUGCAGCAGGUGCCCAGGAGAUGGUCAUCUGGAGGGGGAAUGGGUUCUAAGUCCCAGGGACCAUGGAGCUGGAGAACCCUGAAACCCAAUUCCCCGCUGGCGCAAAAGGACAGAAUUCCAUCAUAGCCAGUGAUGUUGCACCUGCGUAUGCUUGUGGUGAUUUUGGACCUUAGUGAAGGAGCUGACGUUGGAUGAUGCAGAUUGCCGGUCCCAGAGAUGCUGCCGUGUCAGCUCCCCAAGCGGGAGCUGUGUGCCCCCCAUUCUGACCGAAGGUGGUACUGCCCCAAAGGUGACAGCAUAGUGUGCGCAAGAAGAACAAGGAAGUCAGGGAGGUGAAGCAAGAAGUGCCAAAUCUGUGUGCAGGCCACUGUAUCUUUAUUUUGUCACUUAAAAGAUGAGUCAGUGGGGUUAUACCAGAGCUGAACUCUGCCCAGUGUUUGGAAGGUGCUGCCUUGAAAUAUGCAGUGUCCCAAGGUAACCCAGUAGUAUUCCAUUGCACAUAUGCUUCUAGCAAAGCUGUUUCUUUGGCACAUUCUCCGUGAGAGGAUGGGUGUCUAGUCCCACCUGUUAUUUGCCUCAUUUCUCAGUGGGAGGGGAGAGAUGGCCGCCAGUGGGGAUUGUACGUACUGAAAAAGCCAAAAUCCUAAUACUGUGACUGUGUCUGUGAUACAAAACCAUCUUCAAGGUUCCUCUCCUUGCAAUGCCUCUGGCUGUGUGGGGCUUCUUUCUACCUCUGCUAGCACAAACAAGCUGCAAUAGGCCAAAGCAAAAUGCAUGUGUCCUUUUUUUUUGGAGGGGGGGCAGGUUCAGCUAUAUACUGUAUACAUAGACUAGUGACUUGUACAAGGUUCUCCAAUGCCACUUUGUAAAGAAGAGGAGAUGCACCCAGAAACCCCGGUGAUUGGCACAUGAUCAAUAACUAACAGCUUGGAGAGAGAGAGAGAAUAGAAAGUCCAGCAGAGCAUAUGUGUCCUGGACCUGAUGAGAAAAGGUGUCCCUCCUUCUGAAGGUGAGGUUGCAUGCUGCUUGCUAGCAGCCACGGCCUGGAUGAUACACUUGGUGUGGGUGGGAGUGUCUGCCUCCACCAAAAAGAGUAUUGCUAAAAUGCCUAUAAUGACAUGCACCACAGAGACCUUCUGGCAGAAAGCAGCCAGGAGCUCACCGAGUAACCACGGUGUUCAUUUUGUGGUUGCCAUCUGCAAGCAGGACUCUGAAGGUGGAGAGGCCCUGGCUGUGGUAGACCUGUCUGUGCCCACAAGACACUGGUCUGGAAACAAGCUUGUGUGAUUUAGAGUGUCCCCUUGCCAAUCUUCAAGUGACAUUACCUGCAUAGUGCAAGUGCCUGCUCAGUAGAUGAAACGGGCCUGGUAUUUGUCUCUGCAAUAGUCCAGGCUAGCCAGUUUUCCCCCAUUCUGUAUUUGUGCAUUUGGUUUUUCUUCCCUAAGCAUAGCACCUUACAUUUGUCUUUGUUGAAUUUCAUUUUGUUGUCCAUAACCCAGUCCUCCAAUUUAUCAAAAUCCUUGUGAAUUUUAGCUUUAUCCUCCAAAGUGUGGGCAGUCCCCCCUUGUUUUAUGUCCCGUAUCUUUCUAUUAAUCAUUACGCUUUGUCUGCAAUUGUUUAACCAGUUAUGUAUCCACUGAACCGUAAUUCCAUUGCACCCACAUUUCUCCGGCUUCCCUAUCAGAAUGUCACGUGGGACUGUUUCAAAAGCCUCCUUGAAAUCCAGGUAUAUUAUGUCCACCGCAUCCCCCCUAUCCACCAAGCCAGUUACCCUGUCAAAGAAGGAAAUCAAGCUGGUUUGGCACGAUUUGUCCUUGGUAUAUCCAUGCUGGCUGCUACUGAUCACGCCUGCAUCCUCCAGGUAUUUGCAAAUUGAAUGUUUUAUACAUUGCUCUAAUAGCUUCCCAUGUACUGAAGUCAGGCUGAUUGGUCUACAGUUCCCUGGCUCCUCCUUUCCCCACUUUUUAAAGAUGGGCACCACCUUAGCCCUUCUCUAGUCUUCCAGGACCUCUCCUGUCAUCCAUGAGUUUGUAAAUAUUAUUGCCUCUGGCUCUGAGAUUUCUUCAGCUAAUUCCUUCAGUACCCUCAGGUGAAUAGCAUCACACCCCACUGAUUUGAAUUAAUUCAAAUUGAUCAGAAGAUCUCUGACGUGUUCUUUACUUACCCCGAUCUGUAUCCCUUCCCCUUUAUUGUCUAUGGUAACCUGGCUAGUUGUCCGGUCACAUUGUUUUUUGUGAGAAGACUGAAGCAAAGUAGGAGCAGCUCUGCCUACCUAUCAUCUUCUGAUACCAGCUCACCUUCUCCAGUGAACAGUGGACCCACACCAUCCCCCUGAUCUUUCUUUUAUGUCUGACAUAUUUGAAGACCCCCUUCUUGUUAUGUCUAACAUUCCUUGCCAGCUGUAACUCAUUCUUUGGUGAGACAAACAUUGAUCAGCCCAAAAUCUGAAGUGCCCAACACAAGAGGACACUUUGAAAACUUGGCUUGAGAGAAACCAACUUUAAUGUGCAUCACGCAAUAGUUCAAAGCCCUUGAAUGUGGUGCUGCUGGUCCUAAUCAGCGUGUGGCUUUAAGAAAUGAGAGAGAACCCCUGUUACAUUGAGCCAAUCGCCUGGGAUCCAGUGCAGGAUACUUCCCUUCAGCAGUUUGCUAGUGCUUUGUCUAAUGUCCUGAGCCACGUAGCUUCCACCACUUUCACACCAAGGUUGCUUUCUGUAAUGUCAAGCUUAUUAAUAUAGCACCUUAGCCCACGUGCACAAGAAACUAAAUAUACUUUAUGUAAAUACUGCUAGCUGCUUGUUAUGAGGCACAUAAUGAACUUGUGUAUAUAACCAAUGACUAAAUUAAGUUGUGCUGUAUAGUUAUUUUAUGUUAUGCACAACACUGCAUAUCUUCUGAACUCGCUCUGUAAACCACGAUGAGUGUACCCUAUGCUGGGUGUGUGUCGUGUCUGCCUCAAUCCUAAUAUUAUUGCAAGUGGCUCUUAAAGGGGACAGGAUGCCAAACACUUCUCUGAUAUUCAGUGGUCCUGGGGAUCACUCCCUUCUGGAAGAUCAUAGGGGGCCAGAGAAACUUAGCUCUCUCCAGUCAUCUAGGUUAUCCCUCUGCCAAUGCAGCAGGGCUGUUACCAGACUACAAUAAAGAGUCUUCCUACUUCUGUCUGGUUUUCGAUGGUUUUCUUCAGUGAUGAGACUUCCACCAGUUACCAUGGGAGAAAGGGCAAGUGUGGAUGAGGGGCGUGUGGACAAGAUUCGUGCUGUCUGCCUUGUGCAGUCCGUCUCUGGUCAAUGCUAUGCUGAGCUUUGCAAGCGUCCCAUGAGCUCGCCAUUCAGAGCGCAUAUAUACGUUUUUCUCAGAUGAGAGCUGGCAUUUGAUUUAGGAGGAGAUAAGGAAACAAUGGACUAGCUUGGUCAGUCACAUGCAUCUGCCAGUUCAGCAUUGUGUUGAACUCCACAGUGUGCCUUCUUUACACUGUGUUCCCACCCUUUCCCUUCCUUGUUGCAUUCCCCAUCACACUCCCUACCUCCCCUUUCCACUCUCCCUGUGGAAUCUGCCUUUCUGAAUGCAGCUGCAGUUAGUUGUUUCUCAACAUGCUUCAUGUCGGGGAAGGAAACGAGAGAAAUCUAUCUGCCACCACCACCACCCCAUGCCGGUGCAGGGCUCCACUACAGUAAAUCUGUAAUGCAUUAGCGCCCUCGCCCUGAACUGAUGCACUCAGGCCUGCCUACAAAGUGCAGGGAACCGCAGAUGCCAAGUACAGGUCUAGAAAUAAAACUUGUUUUCUGUUUCAGUGUUUCACUUGCAGUGUAUAGGUGAGAACUCUGUGGGCCAGCUCCUCCCUAGAGCUCUCCUGCUGAUGUGGUGUGCCUGUGCAGAGCAUAUAGAGCAAAUGUAGAGUACUGCGGGAAUUUACUGAAGUCAGAGCAGUGAUUAGAUCAGUGACAACAUAAGCAAUUGAUUUAUUUACACAGCAAUGUCAUUAAGUAGCACUCAGUCACUUGAACGUUCAGCAUUAAAAUUUUGAUGCCUUUUUUCCCCCUCCUGUUCUUGUUUUCUAAUAUUUUGCUGAAGAAAGUGUAACUAUUUAUUUUGGCAAAAAUAUACCUCUAAUAAAAACUUUCUAAAAAUUCUCA